AUGUACAGGUCUAAUAAUCUCGCUCCAACUACUCUAGAGGUCUAUCUUCAGUUCAGCAGACUGUCGCAGAUACGCACUUCACUACCCAGCCGCAACUAUAUCUCUCGCUCAUCCACGAGGGUCCUCGUCAUCCCGCGUCGCCAUGGCAUUCGACCUUUGAUCUGCCAACUACUCACGUCUGACCGCCACAUGUUUAUGGUCAAGACGAUUAUCGACUCGACCGAACACGGACACGUGGACGAUCACACGUUCAUCGUGGAGGGACCGCCACAGUCUGUCGUAUUGGUCACCAACCGGUCUCGUGAUGCCCUGGUUGUUUCCCGAGAUACUAUGGAGAGAUGA